GAGCGGAAGUAGAAACCGUCCCGGCAGCCUCUACGCCUCCCUUUUCCGCCCUCGGCGUCCAAGAUGUCGAAGCGAGGACGUGGCGGUUCGUCUGGUGCGAAAUUCCGCAUCUCGCUCGGUCUCCCCGUUGGAGCGGUGAUCAACUGCGCAGAUAACACAGGGGCCAAGAAUCUGUACAUCAUCUCUGUCAAAGGGAUUAAGGGACGUCUGAACAGGCUACCAGCUGCUGGCGUGGGCGAUAUGGUGAUGGCCACGGUCAAAAAAGGCAAGCCAGAACUCCGGAAAAAGGUUCAUCCAGCUGUAGUGAUCCGACAAAGGAAAUCGUAUAGGAGAAAAGACGGGGUGUUCUUGUAUUUUGAAGACAACGCAGGAGUGAUAGUCAACAACAAAGGGGAAAUGAAAGGUUCUGCUAUCACAGGCCCUGUCGCCAAGGAGUGUGCAGAUCUGUGGCCGAGGAUCGCCUCCAAUGCUGGCAGCAUUGCAUGAAAUCAUUGUGUGGUCUUUGCAAAAAUCCAAUAAAAGUGGUUGUACCAGACCUGCAGGCUCAUAUGAACCUCUAUAUUCCUUCAUUUAGUGAGUCACCUAUCCGAGGAUUUUAAGAUACUGCCAACAUUGAGCAAUAAGCAUCCUAGCUGUGACCAAAAGGAAGUUUAUAAGUGUUUUUUGUUUACAUUGCGAAUUUUCAUUGAUAAAUAUGUUGAGCGGGGCUAGUUCAAUAGUAUUUGUUCCCAGGUUAUUUUCGCAAUCUCUGCAAAUAUUUCCAAAAAUGUGCUGUAACUGGACAAAACCACCACAUAUGAAUAAACGUCCCUAGUUCACCGCAA